CGGUAAUCCCCUCCAGCACCACCCCACCCCUCUCCAAAAAAAACCCACAAACCGGUGGCAAAACCUCGCGGGACACCUGUGCUCCUGGACAGGAAAUACCUCCCUUUAUUUAAACCUCUGAACCCCAAUUUAACAUCCACAUGCACAGCCAGAUUGUGCAUGAUGUGCAGCGGUGAUUAAACCGGGAUGUAGGCGCGGAAAGCUGCAGAUCUGCCUCGUUUGACGGUGACGGAGCGGCACCAGCACCACCAACACCACCAGCAGCAUCAGUCGGUCGGCGGAUGGAGAUGCGUUGUGAAGGCGGAGGCAUGAUGAUGAUGAUGAUGAUGAUGAUGAUAUAGCAGGUGCUGCAGGGUCGUGCCGCAUUGCCUGGCCGCCGCGAGCGACGCCGGGGAGACGGUGAUGCUGUCGUCGUCAUUGUGUCACAGAAAGAGAGAGAAAGAGAGGAAGAGAGGCUCUGACAUGGAGGGAAGCGGCUGCGUGUCGGCUCUGAGCUCAGGCCGCCCGGAUCAGCAGGUUGGAUGUGCAGCCUGAGAGAAAAAAAAAAAAAAAACGCCUGGAGGACCUGAGUCAUGAUAUACGUGGUGGGAAAAUUACAAUAAAGUUGCAUUCUUGCUGGUGGGAAUUUGAAAUGUUUCUGUGCGUAAAAGUGAAUGGCCCAUAUGGUGAUAAUGCACAGGAGCAUCAUAGCAGCAGCAGCAGCAGCGUCUGUGCCAGUUCAGGGUGGAUUACGUCUACAGAGCAGCAGGCCUCCAUCUGAAGUCAGCUUCUGAUUUUUUAAAAAAGAAUCCAUUUCUUCACCCUGUUGCUGGAGGUAACCAUUUCUUCUGUUGUUUCGCUGGAAGCGGGCGCGCUGUGGUCCCCCGUGGAGGGACAGCUGUUGCAAAAGAUGACUCACUUACAGGCUGGCCUCUCUCCAGAGACCCUGGAGAAGGCCAAGGUGGAGCUGAAAGAGAACCCGGAGACUUUACACCAGGACAUCCAGGAGGUCCGGGACAUGAUCAUCACCCGGCCGGACAUCGGCUUCCUCAGGACAGACGACGCGUUCAUCCUCAGAUUCCUCCGGGCGAGGAAAUUCAACCACUUCGAGGCGUUCCGGCUGCUGGCACAGUAUUUUGAGUACAGACAGCAGAACCUGGACAUGUUCAAGAACCUGAAGGCGACGGACCCGGGCAUCAAGCAGGCCCUGAAGGACGGGUUCCCCGGAGUGCUCUCCAAUCUGGACAGAUACGGAAGGAAAAUACUGGUGCUGUUCGCAGCCAACUGGGACCAGAGCAGAUAUACGUUUGUGGACAUACUGAGGGCGAUCCUGCUGUCGUUGGAGUCUAUGAUAGAAGAUCCGGAGCUGCAGGUCAACGGCUUCAUCCUCAUCAUCGACUGGAGUAACUUCACCUUCAAGCAGGCGUCCAAGCUGACUCCCAGCAUGCUGCGGCUGGCCAUCGAGGGGCUGCAGGACAGUUUUCCUGCCAGAUUUGGAGGAAUCCACUUUGUGAACCAGCCGUGGUACAUCCACGCUCUCUACACCGUCAUCAGACCCUUCCUCAAGGACAAGACCAGGAAGAGGAUCUUCAUGCACGGCAACAACCUGAACAGCCUCCACCAGCUGAUCCAUCCUGAGAUCUUGCCGUCGGAGCUGGGCGGGAUGAUGCCGCCGUACGACAUGGGCACGUGGGCGCGGACGCUGCUGGACCACGCCUACGACGAGGAGACCGACUACUGCCCCGAGUCCUACACCCUGUCGGUACAAGACCUGGAGAGGGACCUGGAGAAAAACCUGUCCCCCAAAACCAUGAAGAGGUCUCAGUCGGUGGUGGAGCCCGGCGUCCUGAAGCGACCAGACAAAGUGAAGAGCGAGGAGGACAACAUGCAGCCGCUGCUCUCGCUGGACUAAACCCACACAUCCAAUAACGGCUCUAAAGCAUAAUCAAUACCUACACACACAAACACACUGAUUUACCCGUGCACCUACUGUAAGCGACACGCGCCCUGAAACACCUUCCUGCAGAAACAUGCUGCUGCUGCUGCUGCUGCUGCUGCUGGAUUCUCUGGAACUCGAGGGAAAAAAUCUAAAAACGAGCCGAUUAAGAAGCAGACAGAGGAGCCGGAGGAGCCGAGAGGGACGUUUUCUCUCACAGAAGGGCAUCCCAAGAGCUACUGAUGGUGUUCUAUAUAUUUAUUUAUUUAUUUAGUUAUUUGUCAAGUGCCAAUUCCAAAAAAAACCCUGUAAAUUAUCGUCUUUGAACAAUGCAGCCCCCUCAGCGUGGAGGAACACAAAGAGAGAGCUGUGAAAAAGCCACAUACGUACGUGUGAAAACAGUGUUUCCUACAGUUGUAUCAUAUUUGGGAGAUUUGAACUGGAAAUCGUACUUCAAAGAGGGCUUGGGGCUCCCGAGCUGCAGGUUUUUUUUCGUCUUUGUACAGCAAUUUGAGGAAAAACGAGAAGCACGGCUCAGGAUUAGUGACAAUAACGAGCUUGUUCAACCUCCUGGACACAAAACUGGCAGACAGGCAGGCAGGGACUGGGUUUACUGGGGGUUUACUGGGAGGUUUCGGGCUUCUUUCCUAUGAAAAAUAAUGUCUGAACCAUCGGUGUCACUCCAGAAAAGCAAACCCCCCUUUACGGUAAGACUUUACGCUCUAUGAAUCCUGUUUUUUCCUCUUUUUCUGCCCCCUCUCUGCCCCAGAAUAGAGUAUUUUCUUCCUUUUUAAGCAGCGACUCGCAUCGUCACGUCUGGCUGAAGAUGACCAAAAGAUAUAUUUUGAGAAUUUAAUAGUUCGGAUGUCUAGCCAGACAGAUAAAUAAGCCUAGAUUUAAUUUUAUAAAAGCAGGAGAAGGCCAAACACAGCAGCCUCUCCUGUGACUUUGUGACACAUUUGUUUUAUUUCUGGCAAUAAUAAUCUUCCUUCUGCAAACAUUACCACAGUAUGUCUUUAAACACGUCACUAUUAUGAGAUUUAAAGACGCACUAAAGGAUUGCACUUGUUAUUUUUGCAUGUUUUACUAAAAAAAAUCUCACUAUAUUAAAAUCACAUUAUUUCAGUAUUAUUUCUGCACAUCACAAGUGUUUCAUAAAG